AUGGGUGCGUGGAGUGAGACACAUGGGUGCGUGCAAGGUGCCCGCCUGUGUCACAUGCGCCUUGCACUCCCCUGCAAUCUCGCCAUAUCUCCUCUCCCCUGCCUGCCCCCCAUACCCCUCGCUCCCCCACCAGCGCACAGCGCAUGGGGGUCGUGGCACUGCUACUUCCACCGCCUCGCCUCGCCCGCCUGCCAGGCCGCUGCCCACGCCGCUCUCACAGACACUCAGGAGGAUGCGGAGGGCGCGGAGGGGUCAGAGGGCGGCGAGGGCGUGGCGGGGGGGUGCAGGCCGCUGGCGGAGGUGGGCAGUGCGGCGGCGUCAGAGGCGCGUGUGGUGUGCGCCACUGCCCACGUGCGGGCGAAUGCAGCAGUGGUGUGCGGUGAUGGCACGGGGCCGCGUGGGAAGCAUCCUGCUGAAGCUGCUGCUGCGCUGCUGGGCGGGGCGUGGCAGCAGGUGGUGGUGCGGGGGACGCGGAGGGGUGCAGAGCGGUUGGGGGAGGGCUAUCUCUCCUCUUUCCACCCACAUGCAGUGGGGGAGGGCUAUCUCUCCUCUUUCCACCCACAUGCAGUGGGGGAGGGCUAUCUCUCCUCUUUCCACCCACAUGCAGUGGGGGAGGGCUAUCUCUCCUCUUUCCACCCACAUGCAGUGGGGGAGGGCUAUCUCUCCUCUUUCCACCCACAUGCAGUGGGGGAGGGCUAUCUCUCCUCUUUCCACCCACAUGCAGUGGGGGAGGGCUAUCUCUCCUCUUUCCACCCACAUGCAGUGGGGGAGGGCUAUCUCUCCUCUUUCCACCCACAUGCAGUGGGGGAGGGCUAUCUCUCCUCUUUCCACCCACAUGCAGUGGGGGAGGGCUAUCUCUCCUCUUUCCACCCACAUGCAGUGCAGUGGUGGCGGGCACAGGCGCUGCGCUUCAUGCUGCGCUGGCCCUCGCCCUACCUCUGCCAUCUGCUCAACCGCCACCGCCACCGCGCCUUCGGCAUGCACGUGGCGCGCGGCAUGGCCACGCACCACGCGGAGGGGGACGCCAUCCUCUCCUCGCUGCUGCUGCCGCUUCCCCUGGCCGCCCGCCGCCCCAUUGCAGCGCGGGCCCUGCAGCAGGAGGGGCGUGAGCUGGCGACGCUCAACUUCUCGACGCCGCACUCCGCAGAGGCGCAGGUGUGGCCGGGGCUGGGCUUCCAGGGGUGCGUGGCGCGCGGGCGCGGCAAUGUGAUGGCGACGCGGGGCAACCCCCUGGCGGACUACUUUGGGGCGGGGCGCGAGGCGUAUGUGCUGCGCCCCAUCGUUGCCUUGCACACCGGGCGGAGGCGAGGGGUGGAUAGGCCGCCAGUGCAGCAUUCGACAGAGGAUGAGCAGGAUGAGGAGGAAGGGGAGGAUGAGGGGGGGGGGAGGAGUGGGCGGGAGGAGUGGGAGGAGCGGGGGAAGAGGGAGCAGAUGGUGGUGGUGGCGGGUGUGUUCCACGCGUACAGCCUGAGGCAGCACGACCCCGACCUCCACCACGUGUGGCUCACCGCCCCUCCCUCCCAGGCCACACAGACACACUUGGCAGCCUUCGACGACUGGACCUUCCUCAACUCCCGGCACGUCAGCUACGGCCAAUCAGCGGCUGCCAGCAUGGCAGGCAUGGUGGGAUCACAGCUGGCGAGUGUGCUGAUCGCAGCGGAGUCAGAUUAUUUUGUGGGGUCACUGGCCUCACAGCACGCUCGUCUCAUCCUCGCCUUGAGGGCCACCAAUGGCCGGCUUGCUGCACCUGCGCCUCCCCUCGUCGCGCCUCCGCUCGCCGGCCGCGCCGCUCGCCUCGCCGCGCCUCCGCUCGCCGUUCCCCCCACCGCGGUUGCUCCCGCGCCUUGCUCUGUUUUCGCGGGGUUGGGCGCGCCCGUGGUGGUGGGGGAAAUGGUGCUGGACGUGCAGGGAAGAGCGGGCGCGGAGAGGGCGCUGGAACGAGGCACCACCACGCCAGGACAGGUACACGUGCUCCGCGCCCCUGCGCCCUGCGCUCUGCCCCGUGCGCCCUGCGCUCUGCCCCCUGCGCUCUGCGCCCUGCGCUCUGCCCCCUGCGCUCUGCCCCCUGCGCUCUGCCCCCUGCGCUCUGGCCCCUGCGCUCUGCGCCCUGCGCUCUGCGCCCUGCGCUCUGCGCCCUAUGCUCUGCGCCCUAUGCUCUGCGCCCUAUGCUCUGCGCCCUAUGCUCUGCGCCCUAUGCUCUGCGCCCUAUGCUCUGCGCCCUAUGCUCUGCGCCCUAUGCUCUGCGCCCUAUGCUCUGCGCCCUAUGCUCUGCGCCCUAUGCUCUGCGCCCUAUGCUCUGCGCCCUAUGCUCUGCGCCCUAUGCUCUGCGCCCUAUGCUCUGCGCCCUAUGCUCUGCGCCCUAUGCUCUGCGCCCUAUGCUCUGCGCCCUAUGCUCUGCGCCCUAUGCUCUGCGCCCUAUGCUCUGCGCCCUAUGCUCUGCGCCCUAUGCUCUGCGCCCUAUGCUCUGCGCCCUAUGCUCUGCGCCCUAUGCUCUGCGCCCUAUGCUCUGCGCCCUAUGCUCUGCGCCCUAUGCUCUGCGCCCUAUGCUCUGCGCCCUAUGCUCUGCGCCCUAUGCUCUGCGCCCUAUGCUCUGCGCCCUAUGCUCUGCGCCCUAUGCUCUGCGCCCUAUGCUCUGCGCCCUAUGCUCUGCGCCCUAUGCUCUGCGCCCUAUGCUCUGCGCCCUAUGCUCUGCGCCCUAUGCUCUGCGCCCUAUGCUCUGCGCCCUAUGCUCUGCGCCCUAUGCUCUGCGCCCUAUGCUCUGCGCCCUAUGCUCUGCGCCCUAUGCUCUGCGCCCUAUGCUCUGCGCCCUAUGCUCUGCGCCCUAUGCUCUGCGCCCUAUGCUCUGCGCCCUAUGCUCUGCGCCCUAUGCUCUGCGCCCUAUGCUCUGCGCCCUAUGCUCUGCGCCCUAUGCUCUGCGCCCUAUGCUCUGCGCCCUAUGCUCUGCGCCCUAUGCUCUGCGCCCUAUGCUCUUUCCACCCCCUCCCCUUCAUGGUUGUCCCCUUCCUCCCUUUCCCCCACCCGUUUUCUUCCUCCCGCAUGAGGCAGGGGGGAGGGCAGGUGAAAGGAAUUCGAGGGGGGGCGCACAACAUAGCGGAGUGCAUGGCAGCACUCUCCGCCGCGCCCUUCCUCAUCUCCGCUGUUGGGGAUGACGCUGCAGGCAGGCAUAUCAUUCCUGUAUCCUCUUUGCUCUGUUUCUCAUCUCUUCCUGACCACUUUUCCCUGUUUCCCCCACCUCCUUACCUGGUUCCCAAUGUCUCCCCUCUCCCCUUUUCCCUCUCCCCUCCUACUUACGUGCUCCUCCUGCCACCUCAGCUGACAUGCUUCCCCUUUUCCUUCCCCUCAUUUCCCCCUCUUCUUCCCCUCGUGUCAUCUUUCUAUUUCCCGCUUUCCCUCUCCCCGUCAUCGUAUCCCAACUCUUCCCUAUCCUCCCUCUUCCUACUGUAUUUCUUUCUUUCCCUCUUCCCCUCUUCCUAUCUCCCCUCUUCCCUAUCCUCCCUCUUCCUACUGCAUUUCCUUCUUUCCCUCUCCCCUCUUCCCAUCUCCCCUCUUCCCUAUCCUCCCUCUUCCUACUGUAAUUCCUUCUUUCCCUCUCACCCUCUUCCUACCUCCUCCUUUCCCCCUCACCCCCCCUCUUCCUAUCCCCUUUCCCUCUCACAUCUUUCCCCACCUGCUUCCCCUCAUUCCCCCCCUCCUUCCCCUCAUUUCCCCCGCUGCUGCCUCUCAUUUCCCCCACUGCUUCCCCUCAUUUCCCUCCCUGCUUCUCCUCAUUUCCCCCUGCUUCCCCUCAUCCCUACUUCACCUCAUUUCCCUCCCUACUUCACCUCAUUUCCCUCCCUGCUUCACCUCAUUUCCCUCCCUGCUUCACCUCAUUUCCCUCCCUGCUUCACCUCAUUUCCCUCCCUGCUUCACCUCUUCCCUAUCCUCUUCUUACGGUACUUCCUUCUUUCCCUCUCAUCCAUGUUUCCCUCUUCCUCCUCUUCCCUAUCUCCCCUGUUUGACUUUAGUCUUAUUCCGCAUCCCCAUCCCUCGUACCGGUAUUCCCUCCCUCUCCCUGGGUAG